AUGCAUAACUGCCUCCGGCGAGCCAUGCGUCUUUGUAGAUGGAUGGGGUUUUUUCCAAUUGAAGGAUUAGAUCAAUCUUCUUUCACAAAACUGAGCAUGCUAUUUUCACAAUUGGCCUUCCGAUGUUUCGGUAAACCGGAUAACAUAAGUGAUUUCUUCGAGAAAUAUUAUUCAUUUGUCCAUGUCGAUUAUUUUAAAUAUAUACCUUAUAACGUCUGGAUAGGAGUUCUUUUGCAGAUUGCAAAUAUCCAGGCGAUAUUUCUCUGGUGUUUCAGUGAUGUGCUUUUAAUGUCAGUUAGUACAUACCUUGUAACGUACUUUCAGAUUUUAAAUAAAAUUAUAUACACGAAUAGUAGUGAAAAGAAGAAGAACUGGAAACGACUCCGUUUGCUGUACUCCCGUGCAGCGGCUCUGAUUUCAGAAGUAGAUUCUCACAUGAGCAGCAUGUGUCUGGUUACCUUCUUCGUUUACCUGUAUUUCACUUGUUGGCAGUUAUAUAAUACCAUUCAUGACAUUAGAACAGUCUAUCGCGCUGUUUACUACAUUUAUUCUACUAUAUAUUUAAUCGUAAGAUGUUUCGUGACCUCUUUAAUGGCGGCUAACAUUAAUAUAGUGGCAAGGAAACCAUUGGUUGCCUUGUAUGAUGUACCAUCGUCGGAAUAUUCUAUAGAGGUGCAAAGAUUUCAAAUGCAGAUUAAAUACGCUCCGGUGGCACUGAGCGGAGUAAGUUUCAAUAUAACACGGAAAACUAUACUUAAUGUAAUUUCCACAAUUACGACUUAUGAGUUGGUAAUGUUGCAGCUACCUAUUUAA